GUGACCAGGGUCCUGUAACAUGCAGGAAAAGGCUGCAAGUUCUGUUUAGUCAAUCAUAAUGGCUCCCAAAAAUAUUGUCAUCUUUGGGGCAACAGGAAUGACCGGGAAAGUGACCCUGGCGCAAGCUGUGGAUGGAGGGUACAAUGUGACUGUACUGGCAUUGGACCCCGCUAACUUUCCCGCUAACAAGAAGCCUUCACGGGUCAUUGAGGGUAAUGUCCUAAAUAAGGAAGACGUCUCGAAGGCCGUGGAGGGUCAGGACGCUGUUAUUAUUGUCCUGGGAACCAACAAUGACCUCGGACCAACCACAGUGCUGUCAGAGGGAACCAGAAAUAUUGUAGAGGCAAUGAAAAAGUAUGGAGUUCGAAAAGUGGUGGCCUGCUUGUCAUCCCUACUGCUACGGGAUUUUGCCGAAGUACCAUCUAGCUUUCGGCCACUGACUGAGGACCACAUACGAAUGUACCAGGUCCUCAAAGACUCCGGCCUGGACUAUGUGGCUGUGUGUCCUCCAUAUAUUGCAGAUAGUAAACCUUUCACAGGCGAUUACACCGUGAGAGUUGAAGCACGUGGAGGGGAUGUGAUCUCCACCCAUGAUCUUAGCGACUUCUUUCUUCGCUGUUUGAACACAUCCGAGUAUGAUGGGAAAAAAGUCACUGUGUUUCGGGAUUACUGAUAACUAUUCCCUCUGCUGGUGCGGGACCCAACAACACUCCUUAGUACAGUCAUUUUGAAAAAUUGUUAUGAGAAGCUAGAAAUAAUGGGGGACAUUUAUGAAAGCAUUUAGUACUAUUUUUUGUGUGACUUUUUGAUUGUACAGUGUCCUAAGCAAAAAAUAAAAAAUAAAGAAACUUGCUUACCAAAGCAAAAAGUGACUUUUGACUUGCAGUGGUCAGAGAUUUAUCAAGUGCGAAAGUCGCAAAAAAGUCGCAUGGCAUGUCAAAAACCUACAAAAUUUACUGCAGCUCAAACAUGGAGCAAACAAAGCCACUACCAAAGCAAAAAAAAUAGCUUACCGUAUUUUUCGCCCUAUAGGACGCACCGGCACAUAAGACGCACCCAAUUUUAAAGGUGCAAAAUCUAGAAAAUAAA